CAGCGGAGAGUGGGGUUCCGCCUGCAGGGCCGCCAGCACAAUAUAACUCGGCGAGCUCCGCAGAAGACACCACUUGCCAGGACGCCUCCAAACGCUCGACAGCAGCGGAGAUGGGCCCAAGCACGUUCAUCCUUGGAGUUCUGAUGCUGAAGGCAGUCUGUGUGACAUCAGUACCGCAGAUAAAGCCCGAGGAAGUUGUCAUUCUUGAACAAGAGAACAACUUCAAUGGCGUCGACCCCUGGCGCUGGAGCUACAAGACGAGCGACGGCCAGUCCCAUGAAGAGAGUGGAGCACUGACGCCUGACGGGGAGUCGGUGGCGCUACAGGGCGGCUACACGUGGACCUCUCCAGAGGGCAUCACCUUCACUGUCACGUACACGGCCGACGACGACCGCGGCUUCGUCCCCACUGUUACCCAGCAGGGAGCAGGUGGCGUGGCCAAGCCUCUGGAGCCGCAGUUCGGCGGAGGUCGCGUGCAGCCGCAGCCACGGCCAGGUGGCUUCCCCAGGCCGCCGGGCGCAGGUGCCGGCGGGAGCCCAAGGCGGCCGGGAGUAGGAAAAUAGGGGAUACCCGGCUUCUCGGGCAGCGGAGCGACGAGAUUUACAGGCAGAAAGCAACUUGGCACUGCGUGUAAUGAAAUCACUAUCGAGGAGACCACAUGGCACGCGGACUAUUGUUAAUUUUUGUUAAAUUUACGGUACGUGAAUUUCAGGACACAAAUAUCAGUCAAGCUGAGCAGAUCACUGCAGCUCUCGAAAAUUCCCGAGUAAAUAGACGUCGUAGAUUUUCGACUAUCUUUAAUACUCUCCUUUAUUUACUUUACCUGACCAGGACAUGAAACAAUACUGAUGGUGCAUUAAUAACUUCAGAAAUUAAUGACAUACAACUUACCCAUGUGAGAGAAAAUUCAAUACAGUAGAAGCAGAAAGUAAUAACAAUAAAAAUACUAAGAUUUAUACGUAGCACAAAAAUUUAUGAAGUAGAGACAGAAACGUACGGAAAAUAAAAAAAAACGAACAAGCAGCAAGAUACUUUUCUUCGUAUUAUGUAGGGGGCCCAUUAUUCUAUAGUUUUGACUGCAGCUUUGUUAGCUGCAGCAGGAUCACCAGUAGCAGAGAUAUCUUGUAGUUUCCUACAGAUUGGCAGCUGUUGUUGGUCCUACAGGUCUCCAUACUGGCAAAUUGUACCACUAUUGCUGUAGCCCCAUUUUCUGGAGGUUGACUUUGGAUCGAGACCUGUAACUCCAUAGCUUGUUCACCGUCUUCCAUGUCCCGUAAGGAAAUGUGAAAACUGGAAGAGAAUCGAAACGUUUGGGAAGUAGUGCUAUAGAAGAUCGGUGAAAAUCAGGUGGACCGACAAGACAAGGAACGAGGAGUUUCUUGGCAGAAACGGUGAAGGACGGAACAUACGAAAACACUGACAAGGAGAAGGGACAUGAUGAAAGGACACGUUUUCAUCCCUCACGGAAUAACCCCUCUGACAGUACAGAGAACUCUAGAGGAUAAACGCUGUUGGAAAAGGCAGAGAUAUGAAUACAUCAACACAUAAUUGAAAACGUAGGUCACAAGUGUUACUCUGAAGCUUACAAUACAUAAAGACGGAAAAGUGUAUUUUGGGUUAUUCUUUUUCCGUUUUUUUUUUUUCGCUGUUCGGUUCGAAUAUGUACAUUAUUUAAAUUUAAAACUCGUCCAACAUAACGUAAUUAACACAUAUUAUAUGGGACUUUUAUGAACUAUGCAGAUCUUCUUAUUUGUAAUUACACAUCGAACACAAAAAUCCAGUUCUCAUUGCAAAUGCAAAUACUUGAGUACGGAACAUUUACAAAAGAUUAUUCAGAAAUAUUGUUAACAUUAAAAAAAUAACUACAUAAUUUUCUCCAUCUUCAUGUAUUUUACACCUUAUGAAAAGGCUCGUGAAACAUGCACCUUCGUUCAAAACUCUGUUCCCUAGAAAUCAAGCCCCUCCACUUCCUCCAAGUGGUAGGAACCACUUUAUCACAGAGCUUCGCUGGUUGUCGAAUAAACUGGCGUAUUAAUGAUGGUCUGAAAUCUUAACAGUCGGAUUUUUCGAGAAUUUUUGAGAGCUCCAUCGAGAUGCCUUGGUUUAAUUAUAUUUAAA